GUUUGGAGAGAGAUCUAAAGUUUAUACAACAUUGUUAUGAAAUUAAAGUUUAAUAAUAAUAAUCAUAAUUUUUUUCAUUAUUAUAAUCAAUGCUGUUUGUUCAAAGGGUUUUAGGGUUUCCAUUUAUAGUGGUGGUGGUUGUGGGUGUUUUUGUGUUGAUUAUAUGGCGGAGAUGGCGGCAGGCGGUGGUUAGAAGUGAAGAAGUUAGAAGGCUUUUAGUGAAUGCUUCUGAAGAAGCUUUUAGAGUUGAGUUGUUUAAGGCUAGAGAAAGUGGUUUUUCUUUUGGUGAAGAAACUCGAGCUGAGGAGCCGGUGCAGGUGCGUACUGCUGCACCGGCUCCUUCGGUUUAUGGGUUGGGUUUUGGGGCAACUGAACCGGCCCCGGUUUAUGAACCGGUUUAUGGGUCUGGACAGUUUGGGCCGGGGCCGGGGUAUGGUUCAGGGGUGAAAUUGGCGUAUAAGUGUGUUGUUUGCCUUAGUUCGACGACUACGAGAUGUUCUAAGUGUAAAGCUGUGAGAUACUGCUCUGGUAAAUGUCAAAUUAUUCAUUGGAGACAAGGUCACAAAGAUGAGUGUCGUCCUUAUGUUGCUGCGAAUUCCGUCAACAAUGUAGAAGCUGGCUUUUAUCGGCACAGCGAUGGCUUUGAUACUGAAGUUAAGCAAAAUGCUUCACUAGCAGGGACAGUCCCAGAAAAUGGCUAUCUCAAGGAUGACGUUGGAGCUGAAUACGUUGUUCAUCAGCAGGGUGCUGCCUUUGAGAACUUUGAGACAGUGAAAUCAGCAGACGAGCCUCUGACAAACGCUUCUGGUUUUUCAUACGGGAGUAUUCGUAACAGGAAAUCUAGUGUCAGUGAGCAUGUUGGUUGCCCACCAGGCAGUUUUGGCAAGAUUCCAAAUGGUUACAUGGCUAACCAUGGAACAAAAGGUGUUAAUAACAGCUGUGUCAUUGAAGGAUUAAGUGCUGCCAAUGUCGUUGAUGGAUCUGGUCUAACUGGUGUGGCGUGUAAGACAUCUGUUGAUAUUGCAGAUUCGUCAAACAACCUGGUCAACAAUGUUCCCAUGUCACGGGGGCCUUCAACAUCUACAUUUGAAACAUUAAAUCACAGUGAUAGGGCUGCCGUCGCUGAUUUGCCAACAAUCAAGGUUGCGGAAUCAAAAACGUCGCUAUCUAGUGCUACAGCUCAUCAUGAUUCCACUGCUGCAGAAGGCAACAAGAGCAUGACUCCUCUAAUGACAUCCGUUAUCAGUAAGAAGACAUCUCAUGGUACAAAGUCUGUGAAGGUCGUUGAUAACCACCAAAUGCUCGCUACUUCGUCUCAGCUCUCAGACAAUUCUCGAAGUGAAUCAAAGUCAUCAAAAUCAAAAGUUGUUGACUCUAAGUUGUCCCGUGAGGGGUCUAUAGAAGGAGGGAGUGAGGCAGCUCAAAGAUACAGUUUCAAGGGUCUCUUCCCGUAUGAGAUGUUUGUGAAGCUCUACAACUCGAAACAGGUUGAAUUGCAGCCUUGUGGACUCAAUAAUUGUGGAAACAGCUGUUAUGCUAAUGCGGUGCUACAGUGCUUGAUAUACACUCCACCUCUGACUGCUUAUCUUUUCGAAGGGCUUCAUUCCAAAACAUGUGAUAAGAAAGGAUGGUGCUUUACAUGUGAGCUGGAAGGCCUGGUUAUGAAGGCAAAGAAUGGGUACUCUCCAUCGUCUCCUGUUCGUAUCAUUAACCAUAUUGAAAACACCGGAAGCAAUAUUGGACGUGGGAAAGAAGAAGAUGCACAUGAAUUUCUAAGGUAUGUUAUUGACGCUUUGCAAGCAGUUUGCAUCUGGGAAUCUGGAUUAGAUGCCUUGAACUCUUUACAAGAAGAAACAACUCUCAUUGGACUUACCUUUGGGGGUUAUCUACGGUCAAAGAUAAUUUGCAUUAAGUGCGGGCUCAAAUCGGAGCAGCAUGAGAGGAUGAUGGAUCUGGCUGUUGAGAUACAAGGCGAUAUUGGAACAUUGGAAGAGGCUUUGGAUAAAUUUACAUCUACUGAGCUUCUGGAUGGUGAAAAUAAGUACAAGUGUAGCAGGUGCAAAUCAUAUGAGAAAGCUAAAAAGAAGUUGACGCUACUGGAGGCUCCUAAUGUGCUUACUAUAGCAUUGAAACGUUUUCAGUCUGGUAACUUUGGAAAGCUCAACAAAUCAAUUCACUUCCCAGAGAUUUUAGACAUGGCUCCAUAUGUUAGUGGCACGAGUGACAAGUCCCCGAUUUACAGACUAUAUGGAGUGGUGGUUCAUGUUGACACAAUGAAUGAUACAUAUUCUGGUCAUUAUGUUUGCUAUGUAAAAAAUCUUCAGAAUCGAUGGUUCAAGUUUGAUGACUCCAUGGUAGAAGAGGUGGAGCUUCAACAUGUGUUGACAAAAGGAGCAUAUAUGCUUCUUUAUGCAAGGUGUUCUCCACGUGCCCCACGAUCAAUACGCAGCUCCUUAACCCACCACAACGACCCAAGAAAACAUAAGACACCGCCAUCGUUUGUACCAAAAUCUCACUCCACCGAGUCUUGGGAUGCUUGUAUUUAUCACUCACAGGUCAUCAACCGUUAUUUGGAGGAGGAAUAUUCCUCGAGUGACAAUUCUGGAUUCUUCUCCGAGUCUUGUUCUUGCAGCACAGACGCUACUCGCAGAAACUCCGCCACCAUCGAAGAUCAUGAUUACUGGAAAAACACCAACAUGAAUUCAUCCGAUUCUGACAGCUCAUCAUCCUCUUCCUUCCCCUCGCCAUCAAGGCUUUCUCAGUUGUACACUUUGAGGACAUUAGGUAAGAAUGAUUGUAAGAAAAAUAAGGCAUGUAGAAACUUAGACCGUAGUUGUAAUUGCUGUAGGGUAACUAACUUGAGUAGUUUAGGAGGACCGGAUAUAAACCAGAUCGUGAAGCCAGAUGUAACCUUUAGAAAAUCAACAAUUCGAGGAAAAUCGGACUAAAAAAAUGAAGAAAAAACCUUCUUUUAGAAGAGGUUUUUGAGUAAAAAAUAGGGGGAGAGAAUAAGGGUUGGGGGCAGGUGUAUUUUGUAUGUACGUAGUUUCGGAAAGGUAUUAACAAGCCUUCACCAUUUUGUGAUUCCCUUCCCCUUCUGAUUAAUAUAUACAAGUAUUUCAUUUA